ACUAAGGGUCGAGAAUCACGGACGAGUGAAAUUGAAGUGGGUACCUUGUUCACGAGUAGUUUCUCCAUUCGAGUCCAUGGAGGACAAGUCCAUUCCGGUAUUUCCAAAAGUUGACGUUCGCAACACUUAGCAACGAAAGUCCUGUUCUUAAAAAUGGCGGUCCACCGCGGGUAUAACACUACUGAAAUCAAAUCUAAACCAAGUGAUACAGUCAUAAGAAGGAGACGUAGACAGUCUUUUAAAAUCCAAAAGAACAUAGAUGAUGACGUGCUUAUGGCCUCAGCGAUCGGUGAUGUAACCUGGCUUCAACAAAGCCUCUAUGAUACACGGAAGGCAUAUUCUGUUUCCAUCGAACACGGUCUUGCUCCAAUUCACCUUGCUGCACAGAAUGGACAGCUUGAAUGCCUUAAAGUUAUGAUAGAAAGAUAUAAAGUAGAUGUGAAUUUUCAAAGUGCGUCUGGAUGGACACCACUUCAUUUAGCAAUUAACAAGUCAACAAAGAAAAGAGGCUUGAGAUGUGUACAAUAUCUUUUGCGGAAAGGUGCAGAUCCUUCAAGGCCGACCAAGGCAGGAAUCACUCCAGUGCAUCAGGCAGCCAGUGAAGGACAUGUAAAAUGCCUGCAGGAGUUGAUCAAAUCUGGUGCAACGAUCAACGCUGUCGACGGAAACGGUCACACUCCUAUGUCUUUAGCGCGUGUGUGGGGCCAUAGGGAAUGCGCACGCAUUUUAGCCAAUCAACAGUGGUAUUUGGACAAACAACAGUAUUUGAAAGAAAAACUGGAAAAGGAACAAAAAGCCAAACAGAUGGAGGAAGAAAUGCAAAGACUGAGCCUUAUUCGCCUUGCAGAGGGUAAACACGAGAGUCAGUUAGCUUAUCAGCGAUGGCUCACUGAGAAAGGGAUUCCAGACAUUGGGACCAGGUAUGGACCUCUCUCCUCUGAGGACAGGAAGACUGUAGAAGAAAUGCGAGCUUCACAGUCAUUACGUCCAACUCCUGCACCCAUGCUAACCGAGUCGUCAAUCGUUGUUCGAUCAAAGACGGAAUAUGACUAUUUCGAUGGCGCGCCAUUGUUUGCUUCGAGUAGACCAACAGAUCACCAUGAUCACGACUUUGAUAGAAAACUUGACUUAAUUCCGCUCGAGAGAAUCUCUGCCUCCAAGAGGAGGAAAGGGCAAAGAACGGAGGGUCUGCGGCCUAAUAGGUCUCGGACGGUUGUAAGAUAAGAAAAAAAGAUGUUUAUAUUUUCGCUAAUUUUCAAUGACCUGAGGGUAAAAAAAUAUUCGCAAUGUCAAAUGAGCUUCAUAAACUGAUAUUUAGUACACUUUUGCAAAGUCAACAACCGAAAUCCUAGGGAUGACAUUUAACUUUUUUUGCGGAUGAGGUACUUAUAUCGAAAAUAGAUUUCAAAAUUUUCUUGGGGAGGAUGGCCCCAGGCCUCCCUACAAACUCUCGCCCCGGCCAGUUAAAGAUACAAGUAGGCCCUGCCGUCCCUGAAAAGUUAGUAACCCCCUCUCCUAGCUUCCCUCUCGUUUCCUCUGACGUUCAUUGAGAAACCAUAUCCUCUCUGUCUUGAUAUUGUAACGAGACGUUGCUUGAACAUCAUUCUGUGGAGUAGAGGGGUUGGAAGAAUAAAAGCACUUCAUUUACUCACAACACCAAAUAUGAAUUAAUUAAUCAAAAAGUGCAAAAGCGGAGAAAAUUUGGUCGAAUUGUUAACGAUCAUUGUUGCCGUUUCGGCUUAAGUUUUUGAGAGGCACAAACAUUAAUGCGUACACGUGGCAUCGCCAGAGCAAAUUAUGAUAUAAAUGGAGUGAAGGUGUAAAGGGACGAAAAAACACGAAAGAAAGAGAAAUGAGGUGACUCGUAGACUACCCUGAAACAGAACGUAUUUUUCGCAAAUAAGAACGUUUUAUGAAAUACAUCACAAAGUCAUCUGUUCUUACCAUUUUGAUAUUGCAAAUCCAAAUUGUUUAAAUUCGAUUUUAUUUUUUAUAUUUUUAGAGGUGAGUUUGAAAUUACAACUAACUGACCCUGGUCUUAAAUAAUUACGUCUGUCGGCCAAUUGUCUCAGCUCCCAGAAUCCCCCACUGUGCCGUCGAGGUGAUGAAAGGUGCCAACCCUCUAACUAGGUUUUAACCUACAUGCUAAACAUUCCCUCAGGGACUAUUUUUAAAUAGUCCCCGAGGGAAUGUUCAGCAUGUCCGGUUGACAGUCCAAAGGAGCAUGGGAGAGCCCCAGUCCUAACGUUGGUUGGAAAAGUAACAAAGUACCUGCCUGUACAAUCAACAAACAGUUCUGGCGGAAUUUCACAGUACACAGGUUUCAUUUAUAAUUUGGUUCCUUCUGUAGAGAGACGCCAUCGGACAUAUCUUUAGACGUUUUAGUGUGUAGUAUCGCCGAGUUGUGCCCUACUGUUGACAAGCCCGUUGAUCCAGCGAUACUGCACACCAAAACUGGCUAAUAAGUUAUUUAUUAUCCAACUAAUUUAUUUCACGAGCGUUCCUUUGGAACAACUCACGCAAGUGCGGCUAAGGUUCCUUUUACAGAAUAACCAAUUGUCCAAACAGCAGUACAAUAUCGCGGGUUAUUUGGAAUCGAUUCGCGCCUUACAUGUACUCUUCUUAUGAUAGUUAGGCUAUGUAACUCGGUAUCGACCUUAGGCCAGGCUCGGUCCUGGGCUAUUGAUAGUUAAAGUAUUUCACAACUUCGUUAUUAUAAAGGUCCAUAUUUCCCUUUUCUCACGAUUUCAGCUCCACCAACUUAUUUAGGCAUUACAAGUUCAUGUCAAGAAACAAGGGAAUUUCAAACAACCUGUAGCAAAUACUAGACUUUCUUAUCCUGCUUUCACUUUGCAAAUGGAAAGAAAUGAAUUUACAUUAGCCACGAACUGGUUUAUCUACUAGUUUUACUGAAAAUUUUUUCAAUUUUUCGAACUAAUGCAGCAUUAUACCCGAAUUGGUUUCCACUUCCUCACGACUGAACCUGAUUUCCCAAUUAGCCCCCAAUCACAAUAUGGCGCCAGCAACAUCAGCUAGGU